AUGUUAUAAAUACCAAUAAAUAAUAGAACACCAGGAUAAAAUUUUAGUUUUAAUUAGUUUGCAUCAGCACCUAAUUCUCCUGAAAGAAAUGCACCUAAUACAAUCAAAGAUUAUAUAAAAUAUAGAUAAAGAAAUUUAAUUGAUUUUGUAAAGAGUAGAUUACAGAGUCGGCAAAACAGUCCAAAAAACCUAUUCAAAGUAGAUUUGAUUUAGUUUGCAAAAAAGAAAUAUGAUAGUAUGCCAAGUCCAAUAAUAGGGGAUAUUAAAUUUUUAUCAACUUAAAAAUCAAUAGGAGAUUCAAUUUAGAUUGUAAAUGGAUAGGGUAUGACAGAUGAUACAUUAUUUGAUGAAAUAAUUGAUUUAGAGAAUGCAAUUAACUAAAAUGGAUUGGACAAAAAAUUGAUAGGAUCUUAGAAAUAAAUAAAUCAUUCAAUAAUGAAAAAAGAAAUAACUGAGGAUGGUUAAAUUAAGAUAAAUUAAUAUACAAUAUUAUAGGAACUAGGGAAAGGUUCAUUUGGGAAAGUGAAAUUAGCAAAGGAUAAUCAUAGAAAAUAUGUAUAAUAUUAAUAGUUAUCAAUAAUCUAGGCUGUGAAAAUAUGCGAUAGAAAGAAAUUAAAAUUAAAGUUACUUUCAAGUAAAAUGGAUGCUUAUUCAUUAUUGGAUAAAGAGAUAGCUAUAAUGAAGAAAGUAGGACAUGAAAACAUUGUAUAAUUAUAUGAAGUUAUUGAAAAUCCAAAUAAUGAUAAAUUAUAUUUGGUUCUGGAAUAUAUGGAUGGUCCUCAGCUUUUAUAAAUUAAGAAUAAAAAUAUUGAAAUUAUUUGGAGAUUAUUUCGAGAUUUUAUGUUAGGAUUAGAGUAUUGUAUAAAAUUAUAAUAAUAAAAUAAGUGCAUAAUUUUGCUAAUAUAGCCCAUAUGGAUAUAAAACCUGAAAAUCUUCUGUUGAAUUAAGAUAUGAGAUUGAAAAUAGCUGAUUUCGGAGUUUCUUAAAUUAUGGAUGAUGAUUUAGUUAAAUCCAAAAUAGGAACAUCAGCUUAUCAACCUCCAGAAGUAUUUACUGAAGAUUAAGUAAGAGGAAAACCUAUUGAUGUUUGGGCUGCUGGAUUAACUUUAUAUUAAUUAGUUUACAAUGAACAUCCAUUUAUUUCAUUAAAAUAGGAUCAGCUAAAGAAUAACAUUCUCACCUAAAAUAUUAAAUGGAAAGAAACAUCAGAUCUAACUGAUUUGUUAAAAAAAAUGUUAGAUAAGAAUCCAAAUAAUAGAAUUACAACUUAACAAGUGUUAGUACUUUUUAUUAAAUAUCACAGGAACAUCCUUGGAUCACUAAAAAUGGUAGAUUUCCUUUGAAAAAUGAAUAUUAGGGUAAUUUUUGUGUUACUGAGAAUGAUAUUCAUAAUGCCAUUACAAGAUUAUCUUUUAAUAUGGCUAUUCGAACUUUAAAUAAAUUGAAAUAGAAAUUAAGCUAAUCUCGUUAACGAUUAAAAUAAAGAAAGGCUUAAGAAUCAUGA